AUGAACUUUAGAUUACUACAACUUGCAGCAAUCUCCUCCACCACAUGGGGACCGAAGCGUGACGUCCUUCGAGCCUUCUACCUGACACUGGUUCAAGCCCAGACGCUCUACGGCUUUGAGAUCUGGUAUUGGGAUGCAGCUCCCACUUCACACAAACUCCUAGAUUCAGGUCAAAACAAAGCUUGCCGAACCAUAGCAGGUAUCCCAUAUGGAUGUCGCUCCGCCGACGCAUUACGUGAAGCCCGUCUUCUCCCAUUAGAGAUGACGGCCAUGAUUCGGAGCCUUAAAUAU